AGACUGCACUGGGGUUGAAACUGAAACAGGGUUAGGAUUGUAAAAGGAGUGCAGACACUUUGUCUCCGUCAUUCUCAUGGUUUCCUGUUUAAGGAGGCCAUUUUGUCACUCAGCCCUGGAGCAGAUCACAACAAAGUUUGGCAUUGUUGUUUUUAUUCCCCAGCUCUCAGCCGCGACUGAGACUUUCACCACCAAGUUUGGACUUUCUACUCUGCAGACCAACAUCUUUCACCAAACCAGCUGAAGGAGGGCAGGAAGGUGGAACAGCAGCAGGAGGGUGACUCUCUCUCUCUCUCUCUCUCUCUGCCUCGGUGUAACUUUGAGGCUUGAGUGUCCCUCACUCUCUCUCUCACACGCACACGCACACACACACACACACACACACACACACCACACACACACACACACACGUUGCUCCUGCUUGUCAUGCCUGGACAACAACAGGAGUCAGACGAGAAAGAAGUGACAGAGAGGAAAUAAAAACAUUACUUCCUGGAUAAGGAUUUCUUCCCUAAUCUACGGACAGGAGGGGGAUCAAGGACUCAGAAGGAUGGAGGUUGUCUGCUGAGUGUGUGUUUCCACAAUUCCUUUGUUUAACAAGAACAGUUUGAAUGAGUGUGGCUUUUCUGAGAACUUUACACCACACCUGGGCGUGUGUUUGUCACUGCUGAGCUCCAGGCAGCCCAGAGCCCACAGACUCCUAAUGGCAAAUGCUAGCAGCUGUGUGACCCCAGGACUGAUGUCCCAGGUCAUCUUCCCCCACGGAGGCGUCUCGUCGCCCGACCCAGCAACGAUGCCACAGGAGAGCCCAUUAUCCAUGCCUCCCAUAUCUCCUCAUGGUGGCUUUCCAAUGAUUGACCUGGCAUUGGGGCAGUGUCCCGGUGGGACUGUGGUCCCCUCCAUGACCCCCACUCCAGCAGGUGUGUCCUUCAUCAUCCAGAUCGGUCUGACCAGGGAGUCCGUCCUGCUGCCCCAGGCUGCUGAUCUGGCUUACAUCAAGCAAAUCGCCUGCUCCAUAGUUGACACAAAGUUUCCCGAAUGUGGCUUUUAUGGGAUUUAUGACAAGAUUUUACUUUUCAAGCAUGACCCAACUACCAACAACAUUCUGCAGCUGGUUAAGGCUACAAGUGACAUCCAGGAGGGGGAUUUGGUUGAAGUUGUUCUAUCUGCGGCAGCCACUUUUGAAGAUUUCCAGAUUCGACCCCACACACUCAAUGUGCACUCUUAUCGAGCCCCGGCCUUCUGUGAUCAUUGUGGGGAGAUGCUGUUUGGGCUGGUCCGACAAGGGCUGAAGUGUGAUGGAUGUGGGCUGAACUACCACAAGCGCUGUGCUUUCAGCAUCCCGAAUAACUGCAGUGGAGCUCGUAAAAGACGCUUGUCCACCACCUCUCUGAGCAGCACUCAGUCGCUGCGUCUCUCCACCACCGAGUCAGUGUACAGCUUGGGAUCAUCCUCCACCUGCAGUGAAGAAAUCAGCCUUAUUCGCACUCACACGCAAAUGCCACGGACUCCUAGUGAUGCGCGGCGAUUUUACACGGGCCGACCUGUUCACCUGGACAAGAUGCUGAUGAGCAAGGUGAAGGUGCCCCACACGUUUACCGUUCACUCGUACACCCGGCCAACGGUGUGCCAGUACUGCAAGAGGCUUCUUAGAGGCCUGUUCAGACAGGGUCUGCAGUGCAAAGACUGUAAGUUCAACUGUCAUAAACGCUGCGCAUACAAAGUUCCCAAUGACUGCCUCGGGGAGACCAUUGGAGACAACAGAAGUAACAACGACAUAUUGAGUCCCAAUCCAGACACCGAAGUACCCAUGGACUUUACCAGUGAUUAUGACACCUCAGACAAGUCGUCAAUGGAUGACUCAGAUGAGGCCUGUAGCAUCCCUGGUUCGUUUUCUCCUGACAAUAAACAGGAUGGGACCAGUGGAGACCAAAGUGCUAACAUCCCAUUGAUGAGGGUGGUCCAGUCAGUGAGACAGACAACACGACGAUCCAGCACAGCAAUCAAGGAGGGAUGGAUGGUUCACUACAGCAACAAGGACACACUGAGGAAAAGGCACUACUGGCGUCUGGACUGUAAGUGCAUCAUCCUUUUCCAGAACAACACCUCCAACAAAUACUACAAAGAGAUCCCCCUGUCUGAGAUCCUGGAGGUGCGUCCUGCUACAGACUUCACUCUUGUCCCACAAGGGACCAACCCGCACUGCUUCGAGUUCAUCACAGGCACCAUGUGCUACUUUGUAGGGGAGGACCCCAAUAGCCUUCCUUCUAUGUCCUCCAACAACCCCCAGAUUAUCCCUCAGAUGCCCCCCUCCCCCAGCUUGGUGCAGCCCAACAGCGGUAUUGGGCGGGAGGUGGCGAAGGCAUGGGAGGGCGCCAUUCGCCAGGCGCUUAUGCCAGUCAUCUUCCAGGCAGCUCCACCUGCCCAGGGGAACACACCUCACAGACAAGCCUCUGUUAGCAUUUCUGUGUCCAACAGUCAGAUUCAAGAGAAUGUGGAUAUUGGUACAGUGUACCAGAUAUUUGCUGAUGAAGUACUGGGAUCUGGGCAGUUUGGUAUAGUAUACGGAGGAAAACACAGGAAGACGGGAAGAGACGUCGCUGUCAAAGUCAUUGACAAGCUUCGAUUUCCCACCAAGCAGGAGAGUCAGCUGAGGAACGAGGUCGCCAUCCUGCAGAGCUUACGCCACCUGGGCAUCGUGAACCUGGAGUGUAUGUUUGAAACCCCAGAGAGAGUAUUUGUGGUGAUGGAGAAGCUCCACGGCGACAUGCUGGAGAUGAUCCUUUCCAGUGAGAAAGGCAGAUUACCUGAAAGACUCACCAAGUUCCUCAUUACACAGAUUCUUGCAGCUCUCAGACAUCUCCACUUCAAAAACAUUGUUCACUGUGAUCUGAAACCAGAGAACGUGCUGCUGGCCUCUGCGGAUCCUUUUCCACAGGUGAAGCUCUGCGACUUUGGCUUUGCUCGGAUCAUUGGCGAGAAGUCCUUCCGUCGCUCUGUGGUUGGUACACCUGCCUAUCUGGCCCCAGAGGUUCUGCUCAACCAGGGCUACAAUCGUUCUCUGGACAUGUGGUCAGUCGGUGUUAUCAUGUACGUCAGCCUCAGUGGGACUUUCCCAUUCAACGAGGAUGAGGACAUCAACGAUCAGAUUCAAAAUGCAGCCUUCAUGUACCCCACGAACCCCUGGAACCAGAUCUCUAAGGACGCAAUCGACUUGAUCAACAACCUCCUUCAAGUCAAGAUGAGGAAACGCUACAGCGUUGACAAAAGUUUGAGCCAUUCAUAUUUACAGGACUACCAGACAUGGUUGGACCUACGAGAGCUGGAGACUAAACUCGGUGGACGGUACAUCACCCACGAGAGUGACGACAGCCGCUGGGAAAUGUACGCGCAAGAGCACAGCCUGCCUUACCCCCCUCACCUCGUGCCCCUUCCCCCUGCCUCAGCCUCUGAUGAUGAGAACUGUGGGGAUGAUUCGGAUGUGCAAGGCCUCACAGAGAGGGUCAGCAUCCUCUGACCCAAGAGAGAUGCGGGACUCGUUUAGAGGGUAGACAGAAAAGUGUCUAAAAUCUAAAAAGAAGCUGGAGAGAAUCUGCUAGAAGAGCAUCCCGCUGUUUAGACUUUUAUCCUUGGUUUGUGUCAGUUUCACUGCAGUGAAUCACAUUUCCCUUUUCAAGCCCAUGGACUUCAGAACUCCAUUUAAAUCGUCACUUCUGCUGUUAUUGGCUCUCUCUUUCAUCUUUUGUAAAGCUGAACUCUUUUUCACAAAACACUGCCUCGCUCCAUUUUCUAUUCUAUUUUUUGUUAUUUACCUAGCAAGUCGUUUUCUGAUGAAAACUGGAGUCAAACUUAAACGCUCAACUUGUCACAAGAUUAAUUUUCUCAUGUCUGCAACCGACCUCAAAGUGAAACAGGAAACCACAUCUCACCCGAAGUUUUGUAACACGAAAAAUUGUGGAACUAAACAUAGAAACUGCAAAUAAAGUGGUUUACAAGUAGCUGAAACACCAUCACAAUUAAAGAGACAAUGUGUAGUUUAUACCGUUAAUCUCUGGAAACUUCCGUCACAAUGUUGUUGAAAAUCAGUAAAAUAGUUGAAAAAAAUUGGUGGCUUUGUAAUAUUUAACCAAAAAAAUUAGGUCUAAAGUACAUAGGGAGGAUACAAGCGGCCGCAAUGAGUUUUCUAUGCAGAGUGGCUGGGCUCUCCCCAAGAGAUAGGGUGAGAAGCUCGGCCGUCCGGGAGGGGCUCGGAGUAGAUUUGCUGCUCCUCCAAGUUGAGAGAAGCCAAUUGAGGUGGCUCGGGCAUCCCAACUGGGAGGAGGCCUAAAGGUAGACCCAGGACACGGUGGAGGGACUAUGUCUCUCACCUGGCCAGAGAAUGCCUUGGGAUUCCCCUGGAGGAGCUGGCCCAAGUGGCUGAGGAGAGGGAAGUCUGGGCCUCUCGACUCAGACUGCUGCCCCCGCGACCCAACUCCAGAUAAGCGGAUGAUGAUGGAUGGAUGGAUGGAUGUACAUAGGGCACGGGUCUAGCGUCUUUGGGGGAUGCCGUAUUAGAUGCCAUGUUUUCUUCUGAUCGGCUCAGGGCCUUGCGCCUGUCGAUGACAUCACACUAGAUGAUUGGCUAGACCUACAGAAGUUAUGGUACCAUGUUAGAAAACACUUAGGCAGUAAGAAACAUACAUUUAAUAACAAAACUUCCAACACCUUUGUGAAAGAACAGAAUCGAAAAAGGGAUGUAAGAUAUUUUUGCCGAGUGGUAGUAUGACAACAUCAUCGGCAGGCUCAGGACCCCGAGCAGAUCCGGAAACACACGCCAGAAAACUACAAUCAGCACUGCAUUUUCUCGAUGGAAUUAACUGAAGGACCAUCAAAGUCUGAGAAGACACUCCAAGGUCACAUGUUUUACCCUAACGUUGUUUUAAACUAGCGACAUGGUGAUAUGGUGUAAAACUACUCUGAAACGUAUGUACAGCGCCCUAGUACCAGUAAACUACACACUUUUAGAACUAUAAUUACUUGAUUGAGCACAUGCAUUCUGUUAAGAAUUCCCAGAAAUACACACCCUGCAGCAGCUUAGAAAUGAGAUGUAUUGACUUUUGCAAAAUCAUUUUUACGGUAAUUGCCACUAAUCCAAAGCCACGAUAGAUUUCUUGAAAAAUGUGUGUAUUAAAGAUGUCGUUGUGGUUUUUAAUGAACUCCAGAAACAGACCUUUAUUACCAGACAUCUUCUUCUCUUUCUUUUUCUCCCAUCAAACCUUUCUGCUUGCAGAUAAGAGCUUACACGACUUGUGCCCGAGUGGCUGUUGCUGCGUGGUGAAAAUUGUUUCUAUUGAGUGGACUCUGACUCUCGCUCGUCUGUGAAAUCAAGCGGUCCAUCGAAAUGAGGAGCAACGUGUCUCUGCAGCCGGCUGUAUUAUAUCGUUAAUAAUGAGCAGAUAAAUGGACAGAUCUUUUAGCAGAAGCAGACUUGACAGAGUAGUCAGUUACUAAACUACAAUUUAAUGUGUAUUUAGGCCAGUUAUUGACUCCCUUUAAUGUCAACAUCUUGCAUGUUUUAUCUUUGUGCAGUAGAUUUAUUUAGAUGUGUCUUUUGAACAUGUUGUAGUUAUGAUGGUCUACUAUUAAAAGGUGUAACCUGAACUUGAUGUAGUUGUUGAAACUCUGUAUUUGAAUGAUACUCCUGGCCUUUAUGACAGAAAAUACAAACAUCCACAUUGUU